AUGAAACCCCGAGCCAACGGGAAAUUGUUGGUUCCGCAAGAAUUGGCGGAUCAGUGGCAGAAUGGUGAUCAAAACAAGCUUCUGGAGGAGUUCCAAAAGGCAAACUUUGACAAGGAUCUGUUUGUCAAGAACGCCACCAAACGCAUCCGUCAGCACAUCACGGAGAAAGAUUUGUGGGUUGAUGGUGACUUUGUUUCGGAGCAAGACAUGAAAGAUGAAGGUAUCUCAGAGAAACGGAAGAGGGACCUCAUUGAGCAAGAGGAUUCGGAUGUUGGAUCCGAAGACCUGGAUGGGGAGUUGGACGUUGGUUCGUGUGAGCAACAACGCAAUGAAGCAGCUGAUGCACACGCAGCCGCUGGAAAGAUGCUCAAGAAGAUCACGUUUCCUGAGAUGGAUGAUGAUGCCUUGCCAUCCACUUACUGCAUUAAGGUUUUGGGCUGCCUAGGCAAAUGGUCGGCUAAAAUGUAUGACUUGGCAGAGCUUGUCGAGAAGGCCAAAACCUGUGCAAAGGAGUUGGAUAAUCUCCAGGAGACGGCUCCUGCCAAAGUUGUUGCUGAGAAAAGCAACGCUAUGGCUGAAGAGUUUGGGCCUGGCUUUGCACAGAGAUCGCUGGGAACGCGGGGCAGGAGCUUUAAGAAUGCCUCGCGGCAGUACAAGCUGCUUGGAGUUGCUCGCAACUACUUAGCAUCCUGCAUUUUGUUGAUGGGCUCAAUGGGGCUCUUCGAUGAAGGUGUUGCUGGUGAGAGCUGCAGUGUGGGAGCCCGAUUGGAAAGAGCAUACGGUAGCCUACGGCUGUUCUGCCAGGUCCAGAAGCUAGGUCUUCGCUUGCGUGGGUUUACAAUUCAGAACUUUCAUCAGGGGCCCAACCAGGCUUUCCCAUAUGUGGGAUCCAAAGGGUCAGACACAAUCAUUAUCAUGAAGUGGCUGCUCUUCUUUGCUCGGCUACAGCUGGAG